AUGGCCCCUAUUACGACUUACCUCUUUUCCUUCGCAUUCGUUCUUCCGACUCUUGUAAACGCCCACGGGCAUGUCACCGGGAUCGUAGCAGAUGGGAAGUGGUACACCGGCUGGAACGGCGAAAUGAAAUACCAGAAUCCUCUUCCAGCGACUGCGGGCUGGCAGGCUGAUAAUUUGGACAACGGUUUCGUCACACCGGAUUCAUUCGCCAAGCCCGACAUCAUCUGUCACAAAUCCGCGAAGAAUGGGAAUGCCUACAUCCCCGCGAAGCCGGGAUCCAAGAUCACAUUCCAGUGGAACACAUGGCCUGUAUCGCACAAAGGCCCCGUCUUCGACUACAUAGCAUCCUGCAACGGCGACUGCACAACCGUCGACAAAACCAAACUCACAUGGGUCAAAAUGGACGAAGGCGCCUGGCUCUCCGGCAACGACCCCGGAACUUGGGUCACAGACAACCUUAUCAAAAGCAACAUCUCUUGGUCUAUAACGCUCCCCAACCUCGCACCAGGAAACUAUGUAAUCCGCCAUGAGAUCAUCGCUUUGCACGCAGCGUCGCAGACCAAUGGCGCGCAAGCCUAUCCCCAGUGCGUCAAUUUUCAGGUGUCAGGGGGUGGGACGUUAGCAGUGAGUGGGGGUGUGCCCGCAACAAGCUUUUACAAGGCCAGCGAUCCUGGAAUUCAGUUUAAUUUGUACUCGAAGUUUACGGGAUACACGAUGCCGGGACCAGCGUUGACGAAGCUUCUGAGGAGGGAGGAGGGGGAGGAGAGGGAGCAUGCGAGGAAUUGGUUUAGGAGGAUGAAAUGAGGGAUCGAUGGAGGGAGGCAAAGGAUGAGACCGUGUUCCAUCAUUGAAAUGUACUUGCAUGGUUCUUGU